AUGGACUACAUCAGACAUUGUGUAUUUCUCAAUGAUCUCUACUCCUACGCAAAUAAGCGUCAUAAUCCAGAAGGGGAUGGGUUGGCUGUAUUCUUGCCCAAAUCUGCCAUGAUCGUUUUUCGAAUUAUUAUUAGUGAUGCGGAGAGGCAGGUCCUGGAGGAACAUGAGAGGCUGAUAGCUUUGCCGGGCUUUGACGAGAUGCAGCGGGCGUAUUUGCAGAGAACUAUCGAGAGUAUGACUGUUAGUGUGAUGUAUCACUCUCCUGCUCUUCGAUAUGCUAGAUUUACGGGGACUUUGCUGGAGGUUUGA